UAAUUUGCGAUAGUUCAUGUCGGUGUGUACAAAACAGGAAGUAUAAUUUACACGUGACGACAACAAACAUGAACCUUCACGUGAAGAUGUUUUGGAAGAGCGAGGACUACGGCAGGUGAUAUUCUAAACAGAAAUGAAGUGGCGUGAUUGUUGGGAGGUUCUGGUUAACAUGCAUAAUGCUGGCACUCAGUAUUUGGCGGGAAAUAUUCCCAAGAGACGUGCACCCAACAGAAUGUGUUCUAAAGUGUUGACUGAAUCGACAAUUAAAGUUGCUGUUACAGAAGACUCCUCAAUGGAGUUCCUUGAGGGUUGCAGCCUUGAUGAAUCCACCACAAGAAAGUUGCUUGUGGACUCUCACUUAUCACCACCAAAGAGAAACUUUCACAGUCGUUCAAUAAUGAGCUCCUCAAAAACAGGGAUGUCACCUUUACCAGCAUCCUUGAUUCUACAAAAAAGCUUUGGCUUCAUUGCAUCGGAGAUGCCAUCAGAGAUGAAGAUGAGAUCCCGGCCUUUCACAGUGUCCAUAGAGGGUAACAUUGGCAGUGGUAAAUCUACCUUCUUGCAGUACUUUUCUGCCACGCCAGGAGUGGCCACACACCAGGAACCUAUUGACUUGUGGACCAAUCUUGGGGGUCAUAAUCUACUUGGGAAGCUGUAUGAAGACCCAGAACGGUGGAGCUUCCUAUUCCAGUCAUAUGUUCAACUAACGCGCCUCAACAUUCAUCUCCAGCAGAGCAGCAGCCCCGUUAAGCUGAUAGAAAGAUCACUUCAGAAUAAUAGGUACUGUUUUUUAGAGAGUGGUCAUGACUGUGGCCAUCUGAAAGAACCAGAAUACAGUGUUCUUUGUGAAUACUAUGACCUCCUUGAAUCUAAACUGGACAUUGGAAUUGAUCUUAUUGUAUACUUGAGAACUACACCGGAAGUGGUCCACAGUAGGAUGAUGAAAAGAGGUCGAUCCGAGGAGGCUGACGUUCCUCUCAAAUAUUUAAAAGUGGUGCACAGUUACUAUGAGAAGUGGUUACUAAAUCAUUUGCCUUGUGCACCACCAGCCCCAGUACUGGUCAUUGAUGCCAAUCAAGAACUUGAAGAAGUCAGGAAGGAAUAUGACUUGAAGAAGCCUGUGAUAAUGGGUGAAAAAUCUAUAUAAGCAGGGUUGUGAUUUGAAAUUGGCUGCUGUUAGGGCCAGUUCAUGUUGUUAUGGAGUUUUCUUGUCUGCAAUGUCUCAUUCCCUGAGGGAGCUCCUCUCUGAGGCCAUUACAGAAGAAUCUGCAGGGUACCCAACUACUUCUUACUUACUUUACCCAGUGCAUCCACUACAUUACCUAUGUACACCCUCUUUACUCUCCUAUCCUCAUGCAUUCUUCUCACAUUUCCAUAACAUCUCAAAGAAUCUCUUCACAUUUUCCACUGCUGUACAGUUUACAUCCUCUGCUCCCAUCAUUCCAAAACAACUCACUAUUUUUUCUUAAUCCAUCCUGUCUGUUAACCUCCAGAGACAUCCCUUUGGUAAUUAAAAUUAAUAUAUUUUAUUUUACUUCAAUUUUAAAAGAUUAUACUUCAUUUCAAAGCCAUGUUUCACUACUAAAUGUCAAGAUAGAAAGCAUUGUGCUAUUCCUCAGUUCCUUAUUUACAUCAAGUUUAUAUUCAUUCCCUAAAAACUACCUCCCAGUUUUAUAAUCACCCUCUUAUAUAUUGUCCUUUACCUGAACUAAGGUAUUUCCUCCAACUCCAUAACUUCUCCUUAUAUACCACACUGUUCCCACAAUGCCUCCUCAUCCACCUGUCAUAGGCCUUCUCCCAGAUCUUUAAAGUCUACACACUCUUUCCUAUUUUUUUCAGUACUGUACCCUCUUCUGUAAACACAAUUACUGUAAAAAUUUAGUCUGUACAUCCCAAAUUUCUGAAUCCUCCCAAUCUUACAUCUAUCUUGCACUCGGUUACAUUUUACCUCUAUUAAUCACCACUGAAACCAUACACUUCCUUGGAAUACUCAGGAAAUUGAUUCUUCUCUACUUAUAAUAAUAAUAAUAAUAGCUGGUCUUUUGUUUCUCAGAAGCACAAAUUCUUCUAAAGAAUUCACGAGUUCUCAAAGCACUAUAAAGUGAAAGACUCGAGAUUAAAAAUAAAUAAUGUACUGUACUACAAUAAAAGAUCACAAAAAGUGGCA